AUCAGCAAACGUCAAUCAAACGAUAGGUUGGCUUUUCGUGUUGUUCGUGAAAUUUUUAAUUGUAUUAAUUUGAUAACAAUAGUGGGAAUAUUGUUUGAUAACGGCGUCUAAUUUUAACAACGAUGAAGACUUAUACAUCUCAAUCUAGUGUUUAAGUGAACAUUUAUACAGUCAUGCAUUUGUUACUUCUAGUUUUAGUUUAGUAUCGUUACAUUGAGAAGCUCAGCAACAAUAUGACAGACUAUCAGUACAGAGAGGCCAGAGAGGCAGCAGAGUCCCUUCUAGGGAGUGGAAUUAAUCCUCAUUAUAGCAGAAAUAUAUCUCAUUCUCAGUCAGUUAAUCUGGUGUCAGAGGACCUGGUGGCUGGACACCGACCUCAGGGAAAGAUGUCCACAGUGCGGAGGUUCUUCUGUCUGUUUGUCACCUUUGACAUACUCUUCACCAGCUUAAUGUGGCUCAUAUGUGUUGUGAUGAAAGGCGACUCGUUAGAACAGAUAAUAAAUAGUGAGAUAAUACACUAUAAUAUAAAGAAAUCUCUCUUCGAUAUAGUAAUGAUGGCGAUAACAAGGUUUACACUGCUACUGCUAUUUUAUGCGUUACUGUAUAUCAAUAAUUGGAGCGUUAUAGCUCUGUCAACGGGAGGAACGUGCGCCUUUUUGAUAGCCAAAGUGUUUGUAUUCGACUGGCCCAACGCGAUGCAGCCAGUGUACCAAGUGUUCCUCAUUCUGUCCUCGUUCACGCUGGCGUGGAGCGAGGCGUGGUUCCUCGACUUCAGAGUGUUACCACAAGAGUUACAAGCGAAGCAAAUACUCGACCACAUCGUGCACCACGGCGCCUCCGAGCGCACACCGCUGCUCGCCCCGCAGCGGCCUCCGGGCGUGCAGUCCACGUAUGGGGAGUCCACAGUCAAUUGGUUCUCGCCGGUAGAGACCCCAGAGCACAGUCCUCGCCGAAGAAAGGCCGAAGAAGAACUAAUAUUGACACAAGAACAGAUAGACGAAUACAAAGCCAAAGCUGACGAAGCCAUGCACGACGCCUGGAGGGUAUUGAACCUGCAGAACUGGCGGUUGGAGAAGAAAGGAUCGGUCCGCGGCGACGUGGUGGAGUCCAUACACACCGACCACCACGGGAAGGUGUACCGGUUCACUGGUUUAGUGGACUGUCCACCUCAGUUCCUGUUCGAAGAGUUCAAGAAUAACCUCACACGACUUCCUGAGUGGAACCCCACCAUCCUCAAGAGUGAAAUUAUCAAGGAAAUAGCGGACGGCGUCGACCUCUCGUACCAAGUGACGGCGGGCGGCGGGCGCGGCAUCAUCGCGCCGCGGGACUUCAUCAUCCUGCGGCGGACCGCAGCCCUGGGCCGGGACGGGCGCCCGGCCGCAGGGGAGCCCUACUGCUACGUCAGCGCCGGCGUCAGCGUCACCGUGCCCGGCAGGCCGCCGAGGACCGACAUGGUUAGAGGUCACAACAAGGUGGGGUGCUGGGUGCUGAAGCCGAAGACAGUGCACCUACAGGGUGGCAAGAUCGAACAGCAUACUGUGUUCCAGUGGCUUAUGUGCUGCGAUCUCAAAGGUAAAAUCCCCAUGUUCGUGUUAGACGCGGCAUUUGCAACUGUGAUGCUGGAUUACAUUGUCCACGUGAGACGGUUCGCCUCAGACGCCAAAGCUAAAGGCUUGUUCUAGAACAUUCUAGAGAGUUCCAGUAUGCUCUAGAAGGUUCUAAAUAGUUCUUGAAACUGAACGCAUGGCCCGAAACAUUCUAGGAUGUUCCAGUAUACUCUAGAAGGUUCUAAAUAGUUCUUGAAACUGAACGCAUGUCCCGGAAGAUUCUAGAAUGUUCCAGUAUGCUCUAGAAGGUUCUAAAUAGUUUUCGAAACUGAAAGCAUGUCCCGGAACAUUCUAGAAUGUUCCAGUAUGCUCUAGAAGGUUCUAAACAGUUCUUGAAACUGAACGCAUGGCCCGGAACAUUCUAGAAUGUUCCAGUAUGCUCUAGAAGGUUCUAAAUAGUUUUUGAAACUGAACACAUGUCCCGGAACAUUCUAGAAUGUUCCAGUAUGCUCUAGAAGGUUCUAAACAGUUCUUGAAACUGAAAGCAUGUCCCGGAACAUUCUAGAGAGUUCCAUUAUGUUCUAAAUGGUUCUUGAAGAUUAAUGGAUGUGCUUUACGGAAUUGUAAGUUAUUGCAAGGGUUUUAGAAUGUUAUAGAAGUAUUCUAGAAGAAUAUAAAGGAUACUAGAAAGUUUUAGUAUCUUCUAGAAUGCUCUUUAAGAUUCUAGAAAUUUCGGAAGGAAUUCUGAUUGAGGAAAAAAAUAUGUAUGUACUUUUUUGUUUGAAAGAUGGUGAAGUGACAUUUUUAGAUGAAUUAUUGGUGCUAAUUCCUGUAAACACCAUCUAAUUUUAUUUGAAAUUAUAUCUGUCGUUUUCUUAUCCGCCGAAAAGGCAAGGGACGGCUAAUCGACAAGCAUAAAAUUUAUGGAACACACGUCAAUUUUAAGCACAAAUCUAAAACAGCCCUACAAAAAUUUUGCAUUGGCUAGUAACCCGACAGAAUUAAGUUGACAGCACACGUCAAACGGUUUGCAUACCAGCGAGAUACCUUUUUGAUUCGCCCGGGUUAUUAAUUCAUUUACUCAUUCUUCCUAAAAUUAGGAGCUGUCAAUCAUCCGACCCUUUCCUUUUCGGCGGAUAAGAAAAUGACAGGUAUAACUUAAAGUAAAAUUAGGAUGUGUCUGCAGGAAUCGGGGCCAUUAUGUAAAUAAGUUUAAAUAAUUCCAGCAAUUUAUCAUAAUACUGCGCUUUAUUUAUUUUUUUAUUGCGCACAGAUGUGAAUAUUUUCUGACUCAUCAUAACGCCAUUUCCUUUUACGGGGUGGACAGGUUUUAAUAUGCAAAUAUUAAAGUGUUCAGUUAAUUUGCUUGGUUUUUAUAACAUAACGUAAGCUCACAAUUUCUCUAAGGACACAUUCUCUCGUAUAUUUACCUGCCCACCCCUAAAGGAACUGGCCGUGAAGAUGAACAGUUUUGUGUGUAUAAUAAUAUACAGGGUGUUGGUGACAAUGGAACGAAUACUGAGGGGGAUAUUAAAUAUUUUCAGUUCCAUACUUUUGCGUCCACCUAAUAAGACACGACGAAUUUAUUAAAAACAUCAUAGAAUGAAGCUACAAGGGAAGAGAGGAAGGGGAAGACCAAGAAGAGCUUACAUGGAACAGAUUAAAGAAAAGGUUAACGUCGUGUCUUAUAGGGAAGUCAAGGAAUUGUCCUUUGAUAGACUGGAAUGGAAAAUGCUGCACCGACAAGAGCGUGGCUCUUAAAUUGAUGAUGAUAACUUUUGCGACGGAAAAUUCCACGUGAUAUCAACUCGAGAGUCACGGUCUGAAUCAUCCCUCGAAAGUUUUCGUUACGAUGUCACUAACACCCUGUAUAUAUUUUUAUUAUUCCUAAGUGAUACUGAUUUGUGUAACGUGUAUGCAUUUUGCUAGGAUAUAAGUUAUUGUAAUAUAAUUAAUUACAUGGCCAAAAUAUGCUAUUAAUCAUGAUAUAUGAAAAUCCAGGUACUUAUGCUCAAAAGUGACAACUAACAUUUCAAGGUUAGCCCAGCUGACGUCAUCUCACCCUGCGUUGCCAUUUUGUAAAAAAUAAAUUACCCACGACCAACGUUUUUACAUUUACUUACUUGAACUUUUAGUAAAAGAUUUACCUACAGUUUUGAUUAUUUUUAUACAUGUGACAGCCUCCGUGGUCUAGUGGUAAGAGCGUUAGGCUCACGAUCUGGAGGUCCGGGUUCGAUUCCCGAUGGGGACAUUGUCGAAAUCACUUUGUGAGACUGUCCUUUGUUUGGUAAGGACUUUUCAGGCUUGAAUCACCUGAUUGUCCAAAAAGUAAGUUGAUUCCGUGCUUCGGAGGGCACGUUAAGCCGUUGGUCCCGGCUAUCAGCCGUAAAAACACCUCCACCAACCCGCAGUGGAGCAGCGUGGUGGAGUAUGCUCCAUACCCCCUCCGGUUGAUUGAGGGGAGGCCUGUGCCCAGCAAUGGGACGUAUAUAGGCUAUUUAUGCUAUGUUAUGUAUACAUGUGACAAGUAAUAGUAAUUAAAUACGUUAGUAAGUAAUUCACUUACUUUUCAAUAAUAAAAUUUACGUCCUUGGAAUGUUGGAGAUACCAAUUGAAUGGUAACACUUACGUCAUCAAAGGGCUAGCAAUGGCGGCUUGUCAUAGGAUUGAGCAUACCUGGUCUUCUUAUACCAUGCUAUUAAUAUGGCAUAAGCUCACGGCUGUGUUCCCAAUUGGGGUAGGCACAGGUACAUCGCAAGAUGAACUAAGUACCCCCCACCGAGCUUUCUGUUAGACCAACGUGAUAGGUGAGCCGUAUCGCCGUCUGUAAUGGAGACAUCUGUGUUAGCGUUUACGAAGUAUGUAAAAAGUUUUUUUUUAAACUUGGAUUCUGCUAGUUUUUUUUUUAAGAUUUAAGUGUAUAAGCUAAGAAAGUGAACCAACAGCUCGUUAAAAUUAAUAUUAUAGAUGUAAUUGAAUAUAACAUAAGUAAUUAUUUUAUUUUAAGGAAAUAAACCACUUUUUAUACUGC